CUGCCACCCACACAAAAUCACACCUACUUUUUGACAGUAUCUGCCUUCUCCUCGGCUCGUGGCCUGUUUUCGAGACCUUCAGCUUCAACCUCCUGGAUUUCCUGCUUCGUUUUGCAACUUGCAUCACCGUCCUUGUUCUCGACGCCAGACUUCAUUUAUACGCUUCUAACCGCCAUUUCGACGCGUGCUCCGCCGCACCAAAGAGCACCCUCGCUUACACGCCUUUUAUAUCCACGCGACUGGACGCGAAUCUCGCACAUCUUGCACCAAAAACACCAGCGAAUGGUUGCCACACAACCGCAUUUAUAGUAUAUCAUAUUUUAUUAUGGACUCUGGUUCUGCAAAGCCCUCGCCGGCUCGCCUCUCAGAGCCCCAGCUGCCAGCUCCUAAGCCAAACAACCUCAUGGCGGGAUCUAAGCGAUCUGCCGCCUCGCUGCUGCCCGCAUUCGAGCCUCUUUCUUCGUCUCCGGGUCUUCCUAGACCUACUAAACGCCAAAAUGUCGGUUCUGGUAGCGCUCAUUUAAAAUAUCCUACACCUGUGCCCACAUCGAGCACUGGUAUCUUGUCCAGCUCGCCCCUUCGAGCCCGCAUGAUGCGUCCAUCGUCUGAACGCUCACCUCUAUCUGCCGUGCCUUCUAUUGAGCUUUCGGAAAAUGGUGAAAUUUUGACCAUGGGCCGCUCCUCCAACUCUUCUCACUUCCAAUUAUCCGCCAACAGACUGAUUUCAAGAGUCCACGUCCAGGCUCGCUAUAUUGCAGCAGCCAGCCCGCUGGAGCCCAACAAGAUUGAGAUUAUCUGCAACGGCUGGAACGGCUUAAAGCUGCACUGCCAGGGCCGCACUUGGGAACUCUUCAAGGGUGAUAGCUUCACCAGCGAGACCGAAGGCACCGAAGUCAUGGUUGACGUGCAAGACGCCCGAGUUAUGCUUCAGUGGCCUCGCCGUGACGGUUCUGCGGAUGCUGCCGCCCUUUCGGACUCGACAUGGGAUGACUCGCCACCUCGUUCGCAAACUCGUGCUGGUAACUUGCUUGCUUCGUCGCCUCUUCGCCGCCCUGCUAGAAUUGAGUCUCCCGAAAGCCCUACGCCCGGCCACUUGGCCAGCUCCCAGCGCCUGCAGGCACUUUUGCCCACAUCUGCCGAUGGAGACAGCGGCAUUGAAAUCUACGAGGAUGAGCCUGAAGAUGACAGCCUUGCCGGCGAUGACGGAGUUGUCAACCCUGCUAUUAGUAUGCAGACUGAUGCUACCGCCAGCUUCGCCAGCAGCUUGAGCGAGCUUGACGAGAAUGACCCCGAUGAGGAGAAUGACCCCAUCAUUCACUCUUUCGGUCCCUUUGGUGCCGAUAUCACUGCUCGCAUGGCCUCCAUUAUCACAAAGUCGCCCCGUGCUGGCAAACUCGACCGCCGCCCUCAGCCUAUUACUCUGGAUGUUCUGCCCGAAGACGACUCCGCGCCUCCUUCGCCCUCUACCGAGACAAAGUCCGCCAAGGCAAACGUUGCCAAGUCUGAGCUUGAGCAGAGCACUUCCAAGGAGACCACACCUACGCCAUUCGUCGAAUAUCAGGUCGCCACCGAAGUCACCAACCAUGUUAUUAACCAGCUUGCCUUUUCUCGCCUCUCUUCGACCCCUCUUUCGACCAUUAUGCAAAACUUGCCUGCUGAGCAGAAGAAGGAUCUUCCUCGUGAGGCUCUCCGCCGCGCUAUUGAAGCCACCGACUGCGUUGGCAUCAUUAAGCGUCAGGGCAAGGACGCCGCCGGAAAGGCCCUCGAGAGCGAAUACUACUACGUCCCGGAUAACGACGACGACGAGCAACGCAAAGCCGCUGUUGUCGGCUUGAGAAAGCCCAGCUUGCGAGCCUGCCGCAAACAGCACAAGCAGUACUACUGGAAGCGCCCCAAGACUCCUUGAGCAACCUCCAAGUAUUUGUUUCUCUCGUAUCCACGACGUGUAUAUAUAAUUCGAGCCACAACCCGGCAAGCAACUUCUAUUGGCGAUUCGCAAAGGGAAUGGCGUUCUUUGCAUAAUCAACGGCGUAUCUAGUGUAUUUUUGUUUCUUUAUUACCCUUUCUUCGAUUAUUCUUGUUUUUUAUUUUCUUCUUUUCAAGACAAAGGCGAACGGAGUCGCAAGGCUUGCUUUUUUAUAUGGUCUGAACAAGACUGUAUAGAUGGAUAAAAACGUUUUGGUCAGGAUUUGUUUAUUUUUCUUUUUGAAGCCCUUGUCAUUUUUUUUGGCUUAUUUGCUAUCUGGUUUCUUUCAGGGGGAAGAGUAUUUUUGUUAGGGCGAGAGCCGUGAUGCCUAUGUUGUUUAUUCUCCGUGUUGGAAUCGGAGUAAUGGAGUAUAUACCAUGCAGAGAGCUUUGAGCGUUUGAAUGCAACGAGAUCUAUCUUUUCACACAAAAUGUCUAUUUUCUAC